AUGCUUUUCUCUCUGGUCCGCUGUCUCAUCCUUCUACUCCUCUUGACCUUAACGGAUGCUGGGCGCACCCUGAUUAAGAUCAAGGAGCGAGUGCGUAAUCUCCAGCUGCAGAAAGCCAAGCAGCUCCUCCUGACGCACACAGCCAGCGGUCGUCAGCCUCUCAGACAUGUGAAGGAGGGCAGGAUUCACCAGCAGCUGGACCACUUCAACCGAAAAGACGUCAGCACCUUCCCACAGAAAUUCUUUGUGAACGAGGCGCACUGGCAGCACCCUGAUGGUCCAGUGUUCCUCUUCAUUGGAGGAGAAGGGCCCAUCUAUGAGUUUGAUGUUCUGGCAGGUCACCAUGUUGACAUGGCUGAAGAGAACGGGGCCCUGCUAUUGGCUCUGGAGCACCGUUUCUAUGGUGACAGCAUCAACCCUGACGGCCUCAAAACGGAGAACCUGGCAGACCUGAGCAGCCAGCAGGCGCUUGCUGACUUGGCUGUUUUCCACCAGUACAUCAGCCAAAGCUUCAACCUGAGCCACAGGAACACCUGGAUCAGCUUCGGAGGCUCGUACUCCGGAGCUCUGUCCGCCUGGUUCAGAGGAAAGUUUCCCCACCUGGUGUACGGAGCUGUGGCCUCCUCUGCACCUGUCAUGGCAAAGUUGGACUUCUCUGCCUACAGCGAUAGUGUUGGCGUGAGUCUCAUGAACGAAGCAGUUGGUGGCUCAGAAAAGUGUCUGGCUGGUGUGCGGGAAGCUUUUGCUGCUGCGGAAGCACUGAUGAGCAGGAAUGCCAGCCGGGUGGCCAGGGAUUUUGGCUGUUGUCAGAUCCCCAAGGAUCUUGAUGAUCAGAUUGAGCUGAUGCAAAACCUGGCCGACAUCAUCCUGGGAACAGUGCAGUACAAUGAAGAAGGGGUGCUCAUGUCUAUUGAUGAGAUCUGUGCUGUGAUGACUAAUAAGAGCGAGGCAUGUGAGGAGGAGGUGGAGGCUUACAACCGCCUUGUUAAGCUUUCACAGAUCUACCACUCUACCAGCGAGGAGCCAUGUCUGGAUAUCUCCCAUGAGAAAACAGUGAAGAACCUGAUGGACACGUCCGUCCACUCAGGCCGGAGAGCAGAGAGACAGUGGACUUACCAGACCUGCACCGAGUUUGGCUUCUACCAGACCUGUGAGGAUGCCACCUGUCCGUUCUCUGGGAUGGUGACCCUUCAGUCCCAGACUGAACUCUGCCCCAUACUGUUUGGCAUCUCCCAGCAUUCCCUGCCUGGACGCAUUGCCUUCACAAACACCUACUAUGGAGGAGACAACGCACACACACACAGGGUCCUCUAUGUCAACGGUGGAGUUGAUCCAUGGCGAAAGCUGUCAGUGGUCCAGGACAGGACUGAGGAAGGUGAUGAAGCUCAGACCAUUUUCAUUAAGGACACCGCUCACUGUGCUGACAUGAUGAGUGGGAGAGUCACAGACCGCUGCUCGCUCAAGAAAGCCAGACAGGAGAUUGAGAAGCAUGUGGUCGGCUGGCUGAAGAUGGCUGCACAGGAGAAGGUCUGAUCAGAUCACAUUAUAACCUGAUCAGCUCUUAUCGCUGUUUCCUUAAACAGAUAGGAAGCAGUUAAUAAGCUGGUGUGCGGAGCUGCUCUGAUCUCUCUCAUCUUCUUCCUCCUCCUCCUCCAUUUCCUCUCUGAGCACACCCUGUUCUCCACCUCCGCACUGUCCAUCCAUAGCUCAUCACUGUGCUCGAUUUGUGUGUUUGUGUGGACUGUCUUUUUUUAAAAGUGUCUUUACAGAUGUUUAUCCUGAUUUUAAAGUUAUUACUAAUUUGGAAAUGCAGAUAGAGCUCCUUUUAUGCUUCUCUUCCCUUGCUAGUUUAGAUUUGAUAUUUGUAGAGAAUUUUAAAGUUUACAUGUACUGAAUUUAUAAGUGUUUAUGGGUAUGCUCUUUUUUUUUUUUUUUUUUU